GCCGCCGGCAGUCUACGCGUCGCCUGCUGGAAGCAGUGCGGCCUCAGUGCAAAGCAGCUGCGAGUGACGCGCGUGCUCGUGGACGCUGUCGAGGUGGUUUGUGUCGCGGGUCACGGAUGCGCUCCAGUGACGGCCAGGGUCUCCUUCACGCACGGCCAGACCAUCAGAGACGCCGGCGCGAUGCCAGUGGUGCCCGAGCUGCUGCCGCCAGCCGUCCCCGACGCUGCAGUUUGCCGCAUGCUGCUGCUGCAGCCGUUGGCUUUGCUCGCGAUGGGCGGCAUGGCCUUGCUUGGCGGCUCCAUCGCCUUUGAGACUGCCGCGACAGACGCCUGGCUCUUUCUCCUUGGCGGCCGCGGCUCGAUAUGGCCGCGCGUUGUCUUUGCCGCCGCCGCGGGCGUUGCUCUACGCAUCGCCCUCGGCCUCCCGAACGUCGGCCUCGGUGGCGCGCUGCGGUGGUGCGGCCUCACCUUCCUGGUCGGAUUUCCCGUCCUGCGCCAUUGCCUGGCGUUGCGCGAUUUCCUCUUUUUCACCUUGACAAGUUUGAAAAUCACAUAUGACAAACACAGAAUACAGUAA